UCUAAAUUGUUUUAUCAGCUGCAAAAUUCGGCAAUAAGAAAUUCCCAGAAAAAAUACGUGGCUUGCGCGUUUUUUUAUCUCGCACAAAUUGGAGAAGUAAUGUCUGCCAACAGGUAGCCCAAUCACACCCACAAUGUGUCCCUGUUUGCUCCAGUUAUUAUUUUAUCUGCUUGCGGCAGCAAUCGCAGUGGUUUUUGUGAUUGUGACUGUGUUGCUGUAUAAAACAAAACCCUAUCCGAAUAUAGUGAGACACGCGGAUGAAAAAUCGUUCUUGGAUCCACAGAGCAUACAAACGAUCGCCUUUCCCAGCAUUGAGGAUGCCCCAACCUUGGAGCUGAGCGUGAUUGUGCCGGCAUACAAUGAGGAGAAGCGUUUGCCUUCCAUGUUGGACGAGUGCCUGGCCUUCCUGGAGGACAAAUCAAAGGGGAAAUCUAAUUUCAAUUACGAGGUGAUUGUCGUCAGUGAUGGCAGUGCCGAUGCCACGGUUUCCACCGCACUGCGCUACUCCAAAAAGCUCGGAGCUGAGAAGGUGCGUGUCCUGGAGCUUGUGGAGAAUCGCGGCAAGGGUGGAGCCGUCCGCAUGGGCGUGCUGAGUGCCCGCGGGCGUCAGUUGCUCUUUGCCGAUGCGGAUGGUGCCACCAAAUUCGCAGACUAUGACAAAUUGGAGGAAUCUUUGUCCAGCCUGGCGUCAGAGUGGCGACAGGAUGGCAUAGCCAUUGGUUCGAGGGCACAUCUAGAGGAUGAUGCUAUUGCCAGUCGCAGUUUUUUCCGCACCAUUCUGAUGCAUGGCUUCCACACACUCGUCUGGCUCUUUGCCGUGCGCUCUGUACGCGACACCCAGUGCGGCUUUAAGUUGUUUACACGAUCCACGGCCCGUAAACUAUUCACCAGCCUUCAUGUGCAACGCUGGGCCUUUGACGUGGAGCUGCUGUAUCUUGCCGAGCGCCUGAAACUGCCCAUGUCCGAGGUGGCUGUGCGCUGGACAGAGAUUGAUGGCUCCAAGCUGACACCAUUCUGGUCGUGGCUGCAGAUGGGCAGCGAUCUGGUCAUGAUCUGGCUGCGGUAUACGGUGGGCGCCUGGCGUAUUGCUGCCAUCGAGAAGAAGGAAAACUGAAUUCCAUUCUCCCACUAGCAUUUUGAAUCGAAAUUUCUGCUAUUUUCCGCUUUUAAAUCUAUUUUUGUAGGCCCCGUAAAAAAAAGAAUACUAAGUAUAUAAGCACACAGUAUUUUUGUGAAAAUAUAAAAAAUAUAACUCAAACGCA